AUGAUCAAAGAAUGUGAAGACCCUGUUCUGCUCAAUUCGGAAAUGUUUAAUGAAAUUUACAGAAUUGUAAUAAUAUCUGUGAUCUUGCAAAAACAAGCAUGGGAAAUCUUUUUUACAGAAAAUAACAUUUCAGAUGAAAAUUUAAAGAUUGCGUGGAAAUACAAAUCAGGGUUGUCAGUUGAUGAAGCAAAAGCAUGUGUAAAAAAUGGUUGGAUUAUUAACGAUGAAAUAAAAAUUGUUAACAAAAAACUUAAUUAUAGAAAAUUUCUAAAUAUAAAUGUUGUAAAGAUAAAUAAAGAAAUUUUUGAUAAAGCAAGUGAUAUAUAUGAUGAAAUUUUAGAUCCUAAUAAAAAAACCUUUAUCUCCUUACCUGAAAACUUUAAAAAAGAAGAUAUUGAAAAAUUAGAUAAUAAUUUACUACCAGUUGGAUUAAAAACCAAUGAUCUUUUUAAAGCCAUUGAAGCAAAACGUUCCUUUUUUUAUUAUAUUUUAAAUAAUCAAACUAAUGAAUUUGAAAAUGAUGGUCUAUUCCAAGAAGAAAUAGAUAUGUGUGUUAAAUCAAUUAAAGAAAAAAAUGAUUGGGUAUUCAAUAGUUGGAAUAAAAAAUGCACUGCUGAAUUCCUUAAUAAAUUCUUGAGUGAUUUUUUAAAACAUCCAGGUGAUGAAAAUCUAGUCGAAAAAGAUCUUAAAAAAUGGUUAACAGGUGAAGAAAUUGACCCUUCAUCAAACGUCACGAAACCAUUGAGAGGUUAUACAAUAGAUACAAAACCUAGCAUUAAAUUUAAAGUUGCAAAGAUCGUUAAAAAGGAACCUGAUAAAACACCAGGUAAUUUUUUAAAAGAAAGAUUGAUAAGAAUAAUAUCGGAAGAAAAUGCUGAAAAAAUAAAAACCGAAUAUAAUAAAAAAUAUGUCAAAUCAAGAGAAAAAUUUGAUAUAUUACCAGAUGAUUGGUUAACCGAACAACUUGCCAACAUCAAUAAGUUAAAUUAUUCAAAAGAAGAGUAUAAUGAUAAAAACGAAUUCAUUGAUUAUUUUGUUAGAUAUGAGUUUGAUGAAAAUCAUGAUGAUACUUUUAAAAGUAUUUUAGGAAAAAACUAUAGCUUUACAGGAGAACGAGGUUAUGAAAAAAUGAGUGGUCAAGAAAUUGAAAAAGAAGAAUUAAAUUUAGGAAGAAAUAUGUCAGCUGCUUAUAAAUUACCAUAUAUAUUUUCAUUAAUAGAUUUCGAUCCAGAACUAUUACUAAAAAAAGAAGAGAAUUUUUCUUGGUUAAAACAUUAUUAUCCUGAACUUAAAGAUGAACAUGUAAAAAACCUAAAUGAAUCAUUUAAAACUGAUUUUUUCAAGAUUGAAAAUGAUACCGUAAAAAGAACAAUCAGAGAUCCAAAAGAUUCAAAGAAAAAAAUUACUGUAGAGGAAACUAAUUAUGUUGUUGAUAAUGAUGGUUUGGAUGUAUUACCAAUCCCUACCAGAUUAGGAAAAACUACAAAACUAGUAAAAUGUUUACUGUCAUACAUCUUUAAAGUAAAUGGUUGGUUAACAAGACCGGAUUAUAAAUGUAUUAUACAUGGAAAAGAAGGACAUUCUUAUUUCGCCGUAAAAGGAGAUCUUGCAUCCUGGAUCGAUAGAAAUAAUAAUGAAAAAAAAUGUUUAUCUGAAGCAGAAGGCAAAUCAACAUUAUCAAUACUAGAAUUAUAUGAAUUAAUCAGAUACAUCGCGUGUGAAAAAGUAAAAAUGCAAGAAUACAGCAAAGAAGAAACCCAGAAACUUAAAGAUCUACCAAAAAAUUAUUGGGAUGAAUAUGGAUUUGAUAAAAUAAAAGAAAAACUCAUUGAUAAAGAAAACACCAUGAUAAUCAUUGAUGAAGCACAUGAUAAGAGUGUUAAAAAUACUGCGUACCAACACAUUUCUCCAUUAUUGAUAAGAAUGGAUUAUAAAGUAUUGUUGAUAAGCGCGACAUUUAAAGAAAAAGAUUUUUCUAUUUCCAUAACAAAACCAAGAAAAGUAAUGUCUUUAACUAAAUUCGGUAAUCAAGUUAAAUGGAAAGAAGAAAAACAUCUUAUUUAUUUUGCAAUUACAAAAGAUAUUUAUAGAAGAACCGUGACCGGUGAAAUAGAUUACAAUAAUAAGAUAUUAAUUUUGGGUUAA